AUGCUUUCAUCUUUCCUUGAGCCUGUUACACCAUUUAUCAAUAAGUCAGGAAAUCAUCAUCAUGAUCAGGUGAUAUCUCUCUUCAUUUGUUCAGUGUGUGUUCAUAAGAAACCAUCAGUCUCUUCAUAUCUAUCUAUCGAUUUAUCUAUCUUCAUAUCUAUCAAUCUCAGUCUCUUCAUAUCUAUCAAUCUCAUCUCUUUAUAUCUAUCUAUCAAUCUCAGUCUCUUUAUAUCUAUCUAUCAAUCUCAGUCUCUUUAUAUCUAUCUAUCAAUCUCAUCUCUUCAUAUCUAUCUAUCAAUCUAUCUCAGUCUCUUCUUAUUCAUUAUUCACUCUCUGUCUCUUCAUGUCUAUCUAUCUAUCACAGUCUCUUCAUAUCGCUCUACCUCUCUGUCUAUGCCCACCUCUUCAUAUUUAUCUAUCUAUCUAUCUACAUCAGCCUUUUCAUAUCCAUCUAUCUCAUUUUUUGGUAUCUAUCACACCAUUUCUUUUUUGUUAGCUACCCCCGCACUCCCUAAUUUCCCCCCAGCACACCACCUUCCUCCAUUGCUCCACCUACCUAGCCCCAGCCACACACUGUGCUGUGGUCCUUAUCUAGUGGCUUGCAAAGUUGCCAGACAAUAUUUUCUCUCUCUUUUUCUCUUUCUCUCUCUCUCCUCCAUAACAUAA